AUGACGUUUUUACGCGGAAGUGUCGGGAUACUGUUUCAAAACACAUAGAGAAAGGAUCCGUAUAAAACGAAUAGCUUCGUCUAGAACUUGCAUUUAUUAAAAAAAGUAUAAAUGGUUGGAUUUUUAAAGUUGUACUUCACUAUUUUGUUUAGUGUUAAUUAAAUGUAAUGGUUAUGGGAAACUUCGCUACGUUAUGUUGUAGUUAUAUCUCCCGAUUUUAGAGAACAAGGAGCGUUAAUGUUGUCUUUCUCUAGGAUGGAGAAUGGGGUUACAGCCAACAAAGGAGAGGGCUUCCUCUCCAGAAUGGCCCUCAAUGACAACAAAGCUGGUAUGGAGGGACUUGACAGGGAUAAGAUCAACAAGAUAAUCAUGGAGACGUCCAAGGGUUCAAGGUUUUAUGAGAAUGAGCUGAAGAAGGAGCAGCAGGUGAACCAGCGCAUUGAAAAAAUGAUGCUGCAGAAGGCACAGAUCACAGAGCAACAGUUACAGAAGGCACAAGUUCAGGUAGAGAAAAUGGCUUUGGCGCAGGAGAGGAGUCGAGAUUUAUCCCGUGUGAUUGUACAUGUGGACAUGGAUGCUUUCUAUGCAGCUGUGGAGAUGAGGGACCGUCCUGAACUUAAAGACCAGCCAAUGGCUGUUGGCUCCAUGAGUAUGUUGUCAACAUCCAACUACCAUGCCAGGAAAUUUGGAGUUAGAGCUGCAAUGCCUGGUUUCAUUGGGAAAAAGCUAUGUCCCAACUUGGUUAUUGUUCCACCAAACUUUGAAAAAUACAGAGUUGUGAGUAAUGAGAUCAGGGAAAUUUUUGCAGACUACGACCCGCAUUUUCAGCCAAUGAGCUUGGAUGAAGCCUACCUGGAUUUUACUGACCAUGUGCAGCAGAGGCAGAGCUGGCCAGAGUCUUCUCGGACACAUCGGUUUCAUAUAAGCAUCCCUACCACUAUAGGUGAAGAGCAAACUGAGAUUCCCCAAGUAUCUGUGCCUGAGGAGAAUGACCUUUCUCCAGUCCUGUUUGAUGACAGCCCCAGCUUCUGUCCCAGCUUCUCCAGCUCCAAUGGGUUUACUAUCAUUGAUGCUGCUGCUGCUGCUGCAUCUGAGGUGUUUGGAACAUCUAUUGAGGAAGCUGUGAGAGAAAUGCGCUUUCGCAUUGAGCAGAAGACCAUGUUGACAGCCAGUGCAGGAAUUGCUCCCAACAUGAUGCUUGCCAAGGUGUGCAGUGACAAGAACAAGCCCAAUGGCCAAUACAGACUUGCCUCCACCAGAGACGCUGUCAUAGACUUCAUCCAGUAUCUUCCAGUUCGCAAAGUUUCUGGCAUCGGGAAGGUGAGUGAGAGGAUGCUGAGCGCUCUGGGCGUCAGCAGUUGUUCUGACCUCAGACAGCAGAUGGCACUGCUGUCCCUGCUCUUCUCAGAAACAGCCUGGCAUCAUUUGAUGCAGGUGUCAUUGGGUCUGGGCUCCACGUAUAUAUCAAAACAUGAAGAAAGGAAAAGCAUGAGCACAGAAAGGACAUUUAAAGAACUGGACAAGGCAGAGGAACACUUUUCACUGUGCAGGCAACUCUGUGAGGAUUUAGCAGAGGACCUGAAGAAAGAGAACCUGAAGGGUAAAACAGUGACCCUUAAACUGAAGAACGUGAACUUUGAGGUGAAAACCAGAGCCCUGACAUUGCCUUGUGCUGUUGCUACAGUGGAUGAGAUUUUUGCCGUUGCUAAGGACCUACUGAAAACAGAAAUAGAACAUGAAAGGCCCCAGCCGCUCAGACUGAGGCUCAUGGGUGUUCGGAUUUCUGCUUUUGUCAGUCCAGAUGAUAAAACGCAUCAUCAGAAAAGCAUUGUUGGCUUCCUGCAGCCAGGCAAGCCUGGCCAAUGUGGUGGCUCUGUCAAAGUCUGUAAUCUUUCUGUGCCAGAACCAAGUGCUGCUGUUGUACCACCAUCACAGAAAAUCCAAAAUCAAGUUCCCUGGCUGAAGAAGCAGAAGAGAGAAGAAGUAGGUCAGGCUGGUGAGGAACCCCAGCAUUCUUUCUUUCAACAGGCUCAUGCUAAAAGGUUCCACCUCCAAGCAAAAACACAAGUGGAAAAAGAGAGUUCAUCUGUAUUUACAGCCACAGCGUCUCAGUCAGAACCAAGUGUGGAGUCUGAGAGCAUAGUUUCUGAUCUUCCAGACAAAUAUUUAGUUUUACAGGCAGAAGCCACUGCAUCCACAUCACACUGCACCAGGACCAUGAGCAGGACACAGAGUCUCACCUGUCCUGUGUGUUUCGGUGAGGUGGAGACGACAGAUUUGAAUGUGUUUAACACACAUAUAGACCAGUGCCUCAGUGAAUGUUCAAAGACACCAAACCAAAACACAGAAACCGAUUCAGAGUCAGAUCCGGACUUGGAGAAUAAACAAACGAAUAAAAAGAGAGAAUUCAAGGAGGAGAUGGAGGUGAAAAAAGAAAAUUCAAUUCAAACGAGUUCAGUAAUAACUGACAAAUCUGACACCUCAAAACAGAUUGAAACAUGUGGCGAAAACAGUCCCUCCUACGUCUGUCCAGUGUGUCAGCUGACUCAGGACACGGACGACCUCAAUGUUUUUAAUCGACAUGUUGAUCUCUGCCUGAAUAAGGAAGUGAUCCAUGAGCUGCGAGGACAAUCCUCAUCUCCCAUAAUUCUACCUAAGACAAUGGAUAAAGGCCGUCUUUUGACAAAGGAAACAAGUAAAGGCAAAAGCAAGAGGGCUGUCCCACAUCACCACCUUCUAAGAAGGCUAAAGGUUUGGGUCCAGUCACCACCAUCGACACUUUCUUCAGAGCAACGUCGUCAUCUGGACCACUUGAAAAAGUUCACCUCAGAAAAUGAACCAUCAACUCUCUUUAUGGCCUCAGCUGGAACUAAAAUGGAAAGAGCUCUGGCGUUUAGGGACAUGUUAAAGAAGCAGAUUAAGGAAAAGGAGAGUUUGGAUCCCAGGAACUGGAUGAAAGAUGAGACCCUAAGAGGAUUUGCUGAUUUCAUAAAACACAAACACAGCGAUAAGGACUUCGACAACAGUUAUGACAUCAAGGAAAUGCUGCUGGAUGCAGAGAAGCAGUUCAUUGAAGCAGCUAAGAGGAACGAUGUGGAGACCAUGAGAAGUGUUGGAAGAGGAGUCAACGCUAACGCAAAGAAUGUGCACAACAGAACCGCCCUUCACUAUGCAGUGGCUGGAAAGAACAAAGAAGCUGUUCAACUUCUUCUACAGCGUAGGGUUAAAGUGGACCAAAAGGACAAGUACGGUGUGGCACCCAUUCAUUUAGCUGCUUGGUUCGGAAGUUUGGAUAUCUUAAAGCUAUUAGUGAAGGCUGGGGCUGAACAGAAGGUUGAGAAUGAGGAUGGCUUGAACAUCAUGCACUGUGCUGCGAUCAACAACCACACUGAAAUAGUGGAGUAUAUUGUAGAUGACCUACAGAUGAAAGAACUAGACAAAGAAGAUCAGUUAGGGAACCAGGCCUUUGCCUUGGCAGCACAGCACGGUUGCGUUGAUAUGUUGGAGAUGCUCAUGAAUCCUUAUGAAAUGGCCACCAUGGCGCCAAACAAGAGAGGAGACAUACCUCUGCACUUAGCAGCCAAGAAUGGCCACACGGACGCCGUCCAUCUGCUGCUGCUCUGCUUUGAUGCUAGGGACGAAGUCAAUAUGGAGGGUGAGACCGCUCUGUACCUGGCUGCUGACAAUGGCCAUGAGGAAUGUAUGGUGACCCUGCUGGAAGCUGGCUGUGACCCCAACAUCCUCACAUCGUCCAGCUGCACUGCCCUGCAUUCAGUGUCAGAGAGAGGAGACAACUCUUUUGUCCAAAUCCUUUUGGACUUCAAGGCUAACACUGACUUUCAGAAUCAGCAUAUGGAAACUCCUCUCCACCUGGCUGUGAAAAACAGUCACAUCCCGGUCAUCCAUUCACUACUGCAGGCUGGGUGUAACAUCAAUCUCACCAAUAAGAGGUCCCAGACUGUGUUACAUCUUGCUGCAGAGCUGGCCAAAAUAGAAGUUGUGGACAUGCUUCUUAAAAAUGGACUAGAUUUCACAAUAAAAGAUAAGCAGGGAAAGACUGCUCUGGGUGUUGCAGCCAGAGCCGAUGAGGUGAUCAUCGUGGACAUGAUUAUUAAAGCAGAGAGAUACUACAGCUGGAGAAAGGACAACCCUGAGCAUAAUGAGCUCAUUUACACUGAGCAUCCGCUCACAUUUAAACUGGACCACCGUAAUGACACCAGGCAUCUCAGAGCCACCGCCUGGCGUCUGGCGUAUGAGCUCCUGAAACCAAGAGGCUGGAAGAAACUAGCACUACACUGGAACUUUACCACAGAGCAAAUUGCUGCCAUCGAAGAGCAGUGGACAGGUCAACACAGCUACAGAGAGCAUGGCAACAGAAUGCUGCUUAUCUGGCUCCAUGGUGAGGAUCUGGCUCAGAGCAGUCCCUUGAAAGAACUCUACAAUGCUCUCAUCUCCACAGGACACACAAGAGCUGGAGAUAAAAUACGAAUGGACAGACAGCACAUCAUGCGGAGCUGCAGCAUCUCCUGAUGAUAACCCAUGUCACCUACACACCGUUUUUGUACACUUGACUGCUCUGUACUGAACUUUUUGAAUAAAAAUCAUUUAUUUUUAAAAUAAAACUGCGUCGAAUAGGUGACAUAGAUUGGUUUUAGUGAAGGUAUAUAUGUGGACAACAGUUUCUGUAAAAAAGAAACAAAAAUUACACAAACACAUUAAGUAUGUAGUUUUACACAUGAAGAAGAAGAAAUCUGUGCAUACAAAUUUAUUGCUAUCACUUAAUCUUUAGUAACAACCUUUAACAUUUGAUCUAAAAGCCAAUGAGUCUAAGUCUAUGUUUCUGAGAUUAAUCAUUAUAUUUGGAGAACAAUUUGAAAGGAAACAAAUGGAGAUAUAAAAAUAAUCUUAAAUAUUCCUGUUUGGUAUGCCCAUAAUUAUACCACACUUCAUUACAAGACAGUUUAAAUACUGAAAUGAAUAAAUUUAUACAUCACUACCACACGGUUGUAUUA